AUGCGGUGCUUGAGUUUGAUGUCCGUGUUUCACGUGGCUGUUGGGCCCGCCAUGGGUCUCGUGCCGGCCAGCGAGAAGUUUCUCACGGACCCGGACACCGGCAUCUUCAAGCGGGAGCUGUCGAAGCUGUUCAACGGCGAGCUCAGGAACCUGCAGAAUCUCAAGGCGUACGCGUCCCAGCUAGACGGAGAGGUCGAAGAGCAUUGGAAAGAAAGCGGAACGGGUCAGGACCCGGCAAGCCGAGCACGGGUUGGAGCUUGGGUCUUCGACCUACUCUCCUAUUCGAUGGGCUCUGUCUUCUGGGGUCGGGCGGGACCCUUCCAAAAGCAAGACUUCCGGACGCACCUAAGAUUGUUCAUCCAAAGUCUAGAGGACUUGCGCAAUCCAAUCCCGUGGCUGAUACCGUCGGAGCUCGUCUUGGCGCGGGCGUAUGUGCGUAACAAAAUCGACGACGCCGUGAGAGAGGAGGCCUACGGCGAGCUUGGCGCACAGAAAACCACUCUUUUCGGUCAUCUCGCUAGGAUCUACGAGUCCCUGGAAGUCCCCCGCGAAGGAUUUACCGACUGCCACUUGGUGGCCAUCGUGGGGCUCAUGUCCAACGUGAUCAACCUCAUUACACGGGCCUUCUGUAACAUUGUGGGCGACCCGGAGCUCAUGAAGAUGAUCGUGGCUGAGCUGGAUGCUUUGGCGGAAGACAAAUCGCCCUCGUCCUCCUCCAACCUGGUGAUUGACGUCGAUCGCAUCCGAAGCUCCUGUCCGCUGCUCGUGGCCACGUGGUACGAGCUGCUGCGCACGAUUGGGGACGCGCCCGUCACGCGAGGCGUGUACGAGGACGCCCUCUUCGCCGGCAAGUACCAGCUCAAGAAGGGCUCCAUCGUGAUGACCCCUAUCCACCUCCACAAUUUCGACAAGGCCAUCUGGGGGAGCGACGCUGACGUGUUCCGGCCGAGCCGGUUUCUUGGAGAGAAAGGGCAGCCGGACAAGGAGCUCGUCAAGCACCUCAACGUCUUUGGGCUGCCUGGCAUGCACCAGUGCCCAGGGCGCUACCUCGCGCUGAACAUGACGCUCGGGUUGGUGGCCAAGACUCUGCUGGCAUUUGAAAUCAGGCCUGCCAGCGGCGACGAGCUCGAGGCCGGGGUGUUACCGAAGCACAAAGAGACCAUGCUGGGCUUACCGGCGAUGCGCCGUGACCCCGAGGUCACUGUAAAGCGUCGGGAGGGCGUGGACCUGGGAUUUGAGCAGCCCACUAUUGCCGUAUCUACUCACUCAGCUAUCUGCUCGCUCAAUUCGGCCGAGCAGCUAGCGGUUAACUUGGCAAUGUUGAGCAGAGCUAAUAGAAAAUUAAAAAAGCUAAGAGAAAGGGUUAGUAGGCUUAGCGCUAUAUGCGGCCACUUUCCCCCUUGCCGUUAG